UGAGCAUAUUAUACCCAUUUUUAAUUAAAUAGGCAGAUAUUUAAAGCAAUAUCCACAAAAGAAAAAUAAGUUUUUAAGAUAAAAAGUUGUAUUUCCAGAACUAAAUACAGAAUAUGACUCCUAAAUCAAAAAAGUUUUUUCUUUUUUUUUUUUGUAAAAUAUCAGUUAAACUCCUUUUUGUGCCAAGCAGACGAGACUAUCUAUUCCAACUUGAACAUUUUAUAUUGCCUAUACUAUUUUUAUGAUGUUGUCUUCGUUUGAUCAUGAUCUGCACUGUUCGCCAAUCUUUUUGGUAUGCACCCCUUUUAACAGUUAAUGGUAAUGUCCAAGUUGAAAGAUGGACGAGUUCAUUAUAGAAAUUUAGCUAGGUAAGAGUUAAACUGAUGAGGAACAACCUCGUGACAUGGUCUGAUAUACCUAAUUUCGAGGUUGUGAUACUAUAUCUGGCAAUUUAAACAGAACAGCAAGAUUAAUAGAUAGUAAUAUAAAUGGUUAAAGACAAUUUGUUAGGACAAACAUUGAAGGUCACCCCAAAUGCGAACGUGCCAUUUGUCUGUGAAAGUAUUGCAUUAGGCCAAACUAAAACACACUAGUUUGCGGUUACUAAAUAUGUCAUAUGAGUAAAAGAAUCAUCGUUGUGCUGGUUAUGAUAGCGUAUUUGCAAAACUAAAUUAACGUCCGACGCACAAAAACAAAGUUCCGAUGUAGUUUAACAUUCGUCACCAUUACAAAGAGCACUACAAAAAAUAUUACCAUCCGAAUCUACAACCAGUGACAGAUGAUUAUACUCUGCAUAAUAUACAAAGGGAGUGGAUACGCCAAUGGUAUUCUCUUGGGCCUCCAUGGCCGAGUGUGUAAGGUCGCCGGCUUCAAACUAUUUGUCCCUGAGGGGUUCGAGCCUCGAUCGGAGUGUUGAAUUCUUCAUGCGAGGAAGCCAUCCAGUUGGCUUGAGGAAGUCCAGGGGCCCGCCUGUAAUGAAAUAAUGCACCUAGGUUCUUUUUCCGCCAUCAAAGCUGGGAAGUCGCCAUAUGACCUAUAAUUGUAUCGUUAUAACGUUAUAAUAGCAUUGUUAUUCAGCCUUUGCCUGGGUUUGGCGGCGAGUGAGGGGAAGAUCUCGCUUCAUUUAGCUCUAGCGGCUGUGAAAUAUCAAAAUAAUUUGAACAAUCAUAGGAAAGGGUCGCCAAAUGAACAUUUGUAUAUAAUUGUUUUAAAAUUGAACCAACAGUUUCUUGCUAUUUCCACUAUAUUCACGUAAGUAAACGAGACCACGCCUUCUUUUUGCAUGCUUUUUGACGUAUCAAAUGAUUUUGAAUUUUCCAUGACAUGACGAAGAAGAAACCACGUCCUCCGGUAGCCAAUAUUGUCUUUUGACGAAUCAGAAUCAUUUGAAUAAUCUUGGUAAAGCGUCACAUAUUAAAGGAACAUUUUUGAAAAUUUGUUUUAAAAUUAGGCAAGCAGUUUUUAAGGUUUCUCUAUACAUAUUAGCAAGCAUGAUCAUGUCCCGUGGCGUCCAUGUGUUUUUGAUGAAUGGAAAUUGUUUCAACAAUCACAUUAUAGGGCCACCUAGGGAAAAUUUGUGUGAAAAUAUCAAAAUUGAAUCAGUUAUUUAGGUGGAGAUGUCGUUCGAUUUGUUUUCUAUUUCAGCUCUUGCGACCACAAUGUGUAGCUAAGAAGAACCGUUUGAAAAUCUUUGGUAGCUAUACAUUGAUCUAAGAUUCACGUCAAGAGUCGUUGACGUCUGCCAAACGGCUUCAAAGUGGAUGCCAUACGAAGAAACUAUAAACUGACAGGCGCACGGCGAGUUAUCAAAAUAGCUCACCCAAAGUACUUUGUACUUAAUUGGGCUUAACCUUAAAACAUCUAUCUACCUAUCUAUGCAAUGAUUAAUGACCGGAAGACAACGAACAAAGUUUUGUUUUUAUUUAGGCCUCAAUUUAGCGCAGAGGAAGGGCGAUGGUUUUGGAACAUUAUCUUCAGAGAGGUACCGAAAGAACUUACAGUUAUACACCGAUAAGACAGUGUAGUCCAAAAAGGAAUUAAUGUAGAUCAAAAUACGAUAAGAAAUUCAGAUAUAGCAACGGCUUGUACAAAAUAGGGAAGAAGGAUGAUAUUAAUUUGAUGCCCUUUUUAAGUUUACUUGUACUUGUACCAAAAAAUCGUCAGCAUUGACGGGUCGCUAAUGUAUGAACGAGCUGCAAGGUGGUUUCGACUGACUCGUAAUUAAGAGUAGUAGCAGCUGAGCAUGAAUUUGAAAUUACUUCAAAAAUUAUUAAGGGUGCUUAUCAACUGAAAUGAUUUUUAUAACCAUCCUCAGUCAAAAUGAAUAUAAGGAUAAUACACGUUUUUGUGUAUUAAUGUCUGCAGGGCCCUGAAUUUUUGGUGAUCGAGACCUUUGCCGAUAAAGCAUUAUUUUUAUCGAUCGCAGGACCUUGAUUAUUAAAUACAUGUAACAUUAUUAUAACUUUCAAGUACGUAGUAAAAUCUUGUUUUUUAACAAUAUUGGUGCCAACGUUAUAAUUUGCACGUACAUCAAGCAAUGCAGCUUUCUUAUUCACAUCAGUCUUUACAUGUCCAAACUAUCGCACAACAAGCUAUUUACAAUUUACUGAUUAGUGUCUACAUAGUCCUACUCGUCACGUAAUUAUGACUUUUAUUUCGUACCGUCAGGGGAGGUAACUAGAGUCACGGUCUAACAGAUCAACUUUCUAACGCAUGAGAAGCUUCUGUGUAAGCUGUCCAGCCACUUUUGGAAUUUCAGUGGUUCUACUCAGGAGCACUCCUGUAAUGGAAUAAGGCCGGAAGGGCAUCUUGGGUCUUUAUCCACCAAGUCACCAUAUAACCUAUAACUGUGCGUGACGUAACUCCCGUGUAUCUAAAGAACGUAACCGUUACGUAUAGAUAUUGAUGUUAUUUCACCUGCAGUAUUCUUGCAUACCAGACUGGGUUUUCUGGUGCUUUCACCGGUGCUGGAACACCCCAUCUUACACCACAGGGUGUCAGUUUUGUAUGGAAUAUAUACGGAAUACUAUUUUGGCGUGUGUGACCUAGAACAAAAUUCGAGCAAAAAUUGAGAUUUGUCCAGAUAUUGAUAUAAAUGGGCUAGUUUGGUCAGAGUUUUGUAGAAAAUGAGCAUUUCGUUGAAAAUUUGCUAUAAAAUUGAUAAAAACAAGAAAAAUCACAUUUUCAAUGUUUUGGGUGUAUUUUUUUAAAUUAACAUUUACUUACUAAAUGUUGCAUAUUUCAAAGUUUUAAUGUGUAAUUUGCUUGCAAAUUGUAGUAAAAUAUUUAUAAUAGGGCAAAAACAAGUUCAGGCUAGAAGGUGUUGCGACAUCAAUUUUGAAGGAAAAUUGACGCAAAGACACAUGCGACUGAAAAUCCCAUAAAACCUUGACAACUGAUUUUAUCAAGCUGAAAUUUGGUAUUUUUUCAUGCAAAAUAUGCUACUGGUACUAUACAAAUGAAAUUGAGACUAUUACAGAAAGCUAGUUUUUCUUAUAGGCUUAACUAUACUAAAGGAACUAGUGUGGGAGCCAAUUAGUCUAGUCGCGUAAUGGCGGACAGGAUUUCGAACACUAAUUUUUCCCUUCGCAUGGCCGCAGAGGUCUAAAUUAAAGCAGUUUUCUAAUUAAAUUUCAUUGUGUGUGUAUAUUUGACAUUUUGGUAGAAACAAAUGGGAGAGGAGGUUGUUUUUGGUGAAGUGAAACUAAAUUUUUGUAUGAGUAGUACUUCCAGGUCAAAACAGUGUGAUUUUGAUGUGAUUUUAUAGCAAGCAAAUGUGACAAGAGACAUACCUCUUACAAGAAACAUGGCCCCUACUUUUCUCUUCAUUUUAUGUCUCUUUAAAUUGAGGUACGGAUUUGUUGUCUGAAAUGGGUCUAGCUAUGUUUGGUAGCAAGUUAUAAAUGUCAGUUUUAUAAAGAAUAUAUAGGGAAUACUAUUUAGGCGUGUGUGCAUGACCUGAAUCACAAUUCAUAUCAGGAUAUGGAAUAUAUUCUGUCUUCACUUGACGUCUAUUGACCAAUAGACCAAUAGAAAUGCAAGAAACUUGUAGAAGGAAAGUUAAAUUGUGAUGCGGUUUAAUUUGAGUGGGAUUCUAAGAUCUAAAUCUAGAAUAAUCGCCGAGGGUUUACCGAUUAUUCAAUGUUUACUGCACGGACGAAAGUCAGUUUCGGUCCCUAUAUGAGUGCUGCCUGAAGACAUUUCACCUGGAACUAUUGAAUUCAUAAGUUAUUUCUCGCAAACAUAUUAUAAAAUAUACAAAAUUAUAAAGAGAGUAUAAGAGUGCAUGUUUUCCAUAGAAGUAAAUCAGCCCUGUAUGCGUCGGUUUACAAAGUAUGAAAAUCGUACUAAGUUUACCUGUUAUUUGGAAUGACAUUAAGAAAACUUCUAAAAUAUUCCGUCACAUUAUCCAUUAAUCAUUUAGGUGUAAAAAAUGCACUUAGCAAAAGGUACCAAUCAAUUCGCCCAAUUGUAGGAGAAUUAUUUUUUUUUAUGAACUUUGGUUUCCGUCUUGUUUAUGAAUAAUUGUUAUGUUUGGCAAAAAAAUGUUGUAACUACUUAUGAAUUUGGUUUUAGUUACAUCUUAAAUGCACUAAACAAUUAAAGACGACCAUAUAAGGCACGUGGGCCAUUUAUAGCAGACGUAUGGGCCAUUUAUAGAAAAGUUGUACGAGUUCAAAAAGAAAUUCAGUCCAUUUAAAAGGAAAGUUAAAAAAUUUCUAUCUCCAAAGUGUCUUAAAUAUUCUGCAGUUUGAGGCUCUAUUCUUCUAAUAUAGGUAUAACUGCGCCAACUUAGUACAAAACGUUGCGCGUGCCAGUCUCAUUAAAUGAUUUAUGCAAUAUGAACUAUAAAUAUAAUAAAAACGUUUAGAAACAUUGAACACAUUGACUUAAUACUUAUCCAUGUAUAAAAUAUAACUCCUUAAGAUGUUGAGUGAUAUUUAGACAGAGAGACUGAGAUAUCAGUAAUUUUUACAAUAUAUGAAACAGUAACAUAACAUUGUUCAACCUGUACUAACUGUAAAAAUAGUUGUAGGUUAUCUAUUUGUUUGUUUGUUUGUUUGUUUUUCAGUUAUGUAACGUCGGGCUGUUAGCCUAACCAGUGUUCAUGAAUUCUGUAUCAGUUCAAACCUGUUCUCCGCACGUAACUGCCAACUUCCCCACAUGAAUCAGAGGUGGAGGACAAAUGAUUUGAGACACAAAUGUUUUUUUAUCAAACCGUCAUGGAGAACAUACGGCCCGUCCGAGGAUCGAACUCACGACCCCGCGAUCUGUAUAUUGAGCUAAGCGGGCAGGAUAAGUAGUAGUAGGAGUAGCGAUAACAGCAACAAUAAUAAUAAUAGUAAUAAUAAAUCGAAGAAGAAGAAGGGGAUAUAAUUCUGUAUGAAAACCUAGAACAAUUUAGAUAUUAAAAACAAUAUAAUUCAUAACAUCUUUAUUCAAUAAUAAGUGUAGUUGGUGUUACAUUUCAAGGAACUUUUUCGUCAACCCAUGUCAAAUUUGUCCUAUAAAAGCUUUUUCCCGUGCCUUUUAUUCUGUCCAUAAACAUAUACGACAUUACAGCGAGGAAAGGAAAUGGAGGCGUUCCUGCAAUUUAUCGCUAUCGCGUGGAGUUAUUCCACAUUUCUGCUAUUCAUCGUAGUUUUCAUUGUACUGCAUCAAAGAAAAAAGACAAAGUUUUUUCAUGAUGUUGGAGUAGAGUGCGAACCGACUUGGCCUAUUGUUGGAGCUUUUCCAACAAUUCACCGACAAGGUAUUUUAGAACAUGACAUUUUUGCAAUAAACCAGUAUGGCGCCGUCCAUGGCUCCUACCUUGGAAACAUUCCAACGCUUGUUGUAGCAGAUCCUGUGUUCAUAAGAGAGAUACUUGUGCGACAAUCUAGCAACUUUCCAUACAGAAUGCAAGCUCUGUAUAUUUCAAAAUGGUGGCAAAAUGGAGUGGUCAUUGCAAGCGGUGAACAUUGGCGUUAUCUUAGAUCACUAAUUAGCCCGUCAUUUUCUUCUGGAAAACUUCGAGAAAUGCAACCGAGGCUGUUGAAAUGUAUUAAUGUUUUGACAGACUGCCUGUAUGAAAAGACUGGAAAGGCUGGUGAAGUUGAGUGUGACUUGAGAACGAUUCUUGGGGCAUUAACAAUGGAUAUAAUUUGCAGCACUUCGUUCGGGAUAGAAAUGGAAACAUUGAAAAAUAUGGAAAGCGAGUUUACGAAGCACGCUAAAGUUGUAAGCACGCUGAAUAUCGAAUCAAAUCCAGUUAAUGCCUUACCGCUGAUUAUUCCGAGUAUAAGACACGUGUUUGAAUUUCUCGAUUUAGACUAUGUUAACAAAACAUCGCUUAACUACGUAAGGAACGCUGUUGCAGAAAUGAUCGCUUACCGUAAAACUCAGACUGAAACACAUUUCAAAGAUACGCUUCAUAACUUAAUGAAUGCACACAAAGGACAAAAGAAAUUAGAUAUAAAUGGUAACAUAGCCAAUGUAAGCGAAACAGGAAAAUUUGACAGUAGAACCGCUCAAACAAACACAGGACAUACUAGGUCAGAGACAUUUCCUAAAAAUCUGAAGGACUUUCAACACUUUAAAGAGAAAGGCCUAACAGACGACGAACUGGCUGCCAACGCGCUUAUCAUAUUGAUGGCUGGAUACGAUACGACGGCAACAACCUUGACUUGGAUGUGUUACCUUCUUGCAAUGAACCCCAACAUUCAGGAUACACUAGUGGGAGAAAUCGACAACAGCAUUGGAACAGACGACCCUGAUUACGAGUGCGCAAUGAAACUGGAAUAUUUAGACUGGUUUUUGUGUGAAACGCUGAGACUGUAUCCAGCAGCAAACAGAACGGGACGAGACGCUUGUGUUGAUACAAGCGUCUGCGGGUGUAAAAUCCCCAAAGGAUUAUCUGUAACUGUUCCUAUUUUUGCCUUGCACCGAAUGCCUAAAUACUGGAGCGAGCCCGAAAAAUGUAUUCCGGAGAGGUUUUCGCCAGCAAACAGAAAUAAUAUCAAUCCUUACGUAUACAUACCGUUUGGGGUGGGACCUCGUGCAUGCGUAGGAAUAAGAAUGGCGCAGUUGAUGUGUAAAAUAGUAAUGGUUAAGAUUUUACAACAUUUUCGCCUUGAAAGUUGUGAUCGGACGGAAAAUCCUCCCCUGUUAGAGAAGAGCCUUUUAACAAAGCCUGUAAAUGGAAUGUUUCUUAAAUUAGUUUCAAGAGAUAGCCGAAGAUAGACACCUAAGCCACUGAUAAUGAGCCGAAAUACAAAUACACUUGUGCUAUGUAACUUGUUUUUGUCGCCAAGAAAGUUUUUUUUUUCAGACGAUGUAAUGCUAAGUGAGGAUUCAAAAAUUACAUAAUUCCUUAUUUGCCAAAAAGAACAAAUUAUUGUUGUAAAUAGAAAUGUCCAUCAUCUCUAACACCCAUUUGUUUCUCGAAAUGUCCAUGUUACCAGAAACGUUAUCAAUGUACAUAUCAAGCAUUAUUGACAAUUUUUGAUAAAGGAGAUGUGAAACCAAAAUUUGUAGUCCUGUUUGGCGCCAUAUAACCUAACUGUGUUGGUGCGCCGUAAAACCCAAAUAAAUAAAUAAAGGAGAACGACAAAACUAAUUGUCUUGUGUGGAACAAACACUGAACGAUAAUUAUUUACAAAAGGAAGUUAAGUUGAUUUUAAGUCAUUUUAAUCUUACACAUACGUAUUUCUUGAUUAAUUUAACGCCUCUUUCAUUUUUUUAUAUAUUACAAAUGGAUAUUUAUGAAACAUAUCAAAUUGUUGUAAAUAUAUUUAACUCUUGACAUAAUCAAGUAAUGUUAUGGUAUUUUUUAUGUGAUAACAUGUGUAAUUAAUAUUGUAAAUGUUUUAUCAUUUUAUGCAUACUUUAUACAUAUAGAGACUGCGCGGAUGCGCAGGCUGGUCUGGAACCAUGCUGGUCGCAAAGCCACUAUGUUGGUUUUCUCAUGGCGCAGCUCAUAUUGAUGACGCCGAGUGGUAAGGUCGCCGGUUUCUUAUCACUUGCUGUUGUUUCUAAACCUCACUUGGGAUGUACAAUUCAUGUCAUGUGAAGAUUGGAAGCUUGACGGUUCUACUCAGGUGCCCGCCCGGGGUAUUCCUCCAAUAUCAAAAGCUGGAA